AUGCUCGCGCGUAUCUCCACAGGUGUGCAUGCGGUGGCUAACAUUGGCGUCAAUCCAAAGGGGAACUCACUGGUAUGUGGGCUGGAUGGGAUUGGUCGUAUCUACAACCUCACGCCGUUCUGCAAAACGUUUGAUGAGGACGACGAUGAGAAGGUCACAGAGGUGACUAAGGAAGAAGAGGAGCAAGAAGGUCCAGUUAAAUACUUCGAGCCUAAAACAGAGGCAGUUACCGAUUUAGGGCCGGAGGGCGGGUAUCAAAAAGUGGUCCGUUUUGGGAGUGCGGAGAUGUUUGCGACCGGUGGCUCUGACGGAGACAUUAAAAUAUGGAGCUAUCCUGAUUUCAAGUUAAAACUGGAGAUCAAAGGUGCAGCCAUGACGGGCGAGGCGCAGGAGGUUACUAAGCUGGACAUCUCACCAAACGGCCGCUUAGUCGCAUGCCUUUACAGACAGGCAAAAGUCAUCCGAGUGAACUGUACCAAGACGGGGGAGGACAAGGCUGCGUUGGUGUUUGGCUUUCAGAAGUUGUUUUAUAAUUUCAAUGCCGUGAGGUUCAUGACCAUCGACGGGGUAGUGUACCUCGUGGCGCUGGCCUCCAUCCUUCGCAUGAACUCGUACAUCGCCAUGUGGGACACGAACACGUGGAAAAUGGCUAAAUAUGGACUCGCCGAUAGGAACCCCAGCACCGUCAUGGACGUCAGCCCCAACGGAAAGUACAUCGCCGUGGGCACUGGCGAGGGCGAUGUCAUCAUAUUCGAUGCACGGACGCUUAAGAGAGUACACGUGGCCAAGUGUGUGCACGACAUCUUCAUCACGGACAUGGCCUUCACACAGAACAGUGCGGGGGUGCUGACGACGAGUGUGGACAAGCGAUGUGUCUACACAGACGUACUACACACCGAAGGUGAUCCCAUGAAAUGGCUCACCGUAGCGGCGGUCAUUAUCCUCGUCAUUUCAUAUCUGUAUAUGAAGCCUGAGGUGGUGAGGGAAUUCGGACAAUUCCUCAACACGCACUUCAUCAAAUUCAAGCCCAGAAAAGGGUACCAAGAACCGAUUAUGUAGGAAGCUCUGCCCCGGCUGGUAAUGUUAGAGCCCAGGGAUGGUUGAGUAGCUGUCUUAGAUAGCUACUUCAGAAGCAAAUAAAACGAUACCAUAUCUUGUAGGAGUGAAUCCAAGGCUGGUGAUGUUAAACUAGAGAUGGUGAACAGCUGCCUAUAGAUAACUACUUCAGAAGCAAAUAAAACGA